AUGGAAUCGUACAGACGUUUGAUUUUCGGUCUCUUUACUCUUAUUUUAGUUAAUGUCUGUAAAGUUGGGUCUCAUAAUACAGAAACAUUAUACAGGCGCGGUGCAGAUGAUUGUAAGCCACUGGUAAUAGCCCAUCGCGGUGCAAGCGGUUAUGUUCCAGAACACACCCUCGGAUCUUACGCCCUCGCAGUGACGAUGGGAGCAGACUACGUUGAACCAGACCUAGUCAUGACUCGAGACGGGCAUCUUAUUGCUAGACAUGAAAAUGAAUUGAGCUUUAGCACCAAUGUGGAUCAACAUCCUGAAUUUGCCGAUCGCCGCCGCACACAAACAAUAAACGGAAGAAACAUCUCAGGCUGGUUCUCCGAGGAUUUUACGCUCGAAGAAAUUAAGACCCUGAGAUCUAAAGAAACGAUGUCGAUCUUUAGGAUUGCUAAUGUACGCAUGAAUGAAGCAUUUCAAGUGCCGACUUUUCAGGAAGUUAUCGAUUUAAUUAAAGUGCUCGAGAUCAGCGAGAACCGCACAAUUGGAAUAUGUCCAGAAAUUAAAUACGGGACUCAUUUUCAACAACUUGGCUUAGCAAUGGAGGAGCUAGUUGUAAAUGUCCUCCACAAAAAUGGUUAUGUGGAACGUAAUGCUCCAGCUUUCAUUCAAUCAUUUGAAGUAACAAAUCUAAAACAAUUGAAGAAAAUAACUGAUAUAAGACUGAUCCAACUAUAUGGGGCCAAGUCAAGCACUCCUUACGAUCAAGUUUUACUUGGAAGUAACUUAACCUUUGGUUAUAUGGCUACUCCGGAAGGUUUGGCCAACGUUGCAACUUAUGCCUCGGGUGUGGGCCCUGAAAAAAGUUAUAUAAUUCCAAGAAACCUACUAAACAAGUUAGACACACCGACAAGCUUCGUUAAAGAUGCACACGCCCUUGGCUUAGAAGUGCAUCCGUACACAUUUCGAGCUGAAAAUAUAUUUCUUCCACGAGAAUAUCAAAUAAAUGAUGUAAAUGGUCUUGGCAAUCUAACACAAGAAAUUAAGGCUUUUAUAGACACAGGUAUAGAUGGUUUGUUUAUUGAUCAUCCUGAUAAACUUAUUAGUGUUAGAGGAAAGUGUUGA